AUGCCGUCCCCUGCAACGCCGCAUCGCCCCUCCAAUAUUGGGGGAAGUACUAAAUCCACUCCAACAAAGCAAAACCCGCUGGAUAUCGGUCAGCCGCUGGGAAUAUAUGACACUAAUUCGGUGCGGGAGAAGGUCCGCAAGUGGCAGCAGCAAGGAGGAGGUGUAAUUACGGCGGAUGAAGUUGUCUAUUAUGAGGAGGAUGAGGAGAAUUCGACUGUCGAUUCGAAACCCAAGCCUACAAGGGCACCCACAACGAGAAAUAGAAGUAAAAGUACCCCCCGGAAACGAGUUAUCAGCGACGAACACUGGAAAUUGAAUCGUACCCCCACACAGGCUCCUACAUCGAAGCUACCACCACCAAAACGCCUUUCGCAGUACACGACCAAUGACCCGAUCCGGAAUCCUCGGGCGGGGAGAAAUGAGUCGAGAAAGGAGGAUAAGCCACGAUCUUCCCCAUCCGCCCGGAGCGUGGAUAGAGAAAGAGCUGGUGCAGACUCGAGGAGCAGAGAACGGAGGAAGUCCAGGGUAUAUCGGGAGGGCGACUCCCUGCUAGGGAGCAAGAUCGAAGAAGAGACUGCAUCGCAUAAUGGUUCGACUAAGUCUGCCUCACGACCCACUAGUGCAGACAAACCACAUGCAGCUGCUAUAUCAGAAUUGGCAGAAGAUGCUUCGAAGAAAGGCAGCAUCAAUGAUGACGACUUUGAGUGGACGGCGAGUGAAGCUGACUUCUCAGAGUUAUCAAGACGCCGCGCCCGAGGCCCGACCCCAAAUCAGAAAGGUCGCGCACCCCCUCCAAAGAUUCCUAAGGGUGGUAUCUUCGAGCACAUGUUCGGUGAAUCAAGAAAAAUAUUUACAAAACCAGAAGCCCCCAGACCCGGCCCCAAUAGGGGCUCAAAGAUCGAGGCAUGGCUGUCUGGAACAUCGGAUCCAUUUUUUGACGAUGUUGAUCCGGACGUGGAAGUCCCCGCCCCUCUGAAUACCAAGAGUAAUAGGGCCAAACUGUCGACAAAACGAGAGGAAGGUCGUUCUCCUGCCACUGACUCAGGGGCGGAAAGUGACUCUCGACGGAAGAGCACAAGUAAGCGACGGAUACCAAGUAGGGAGGAGCGAGUAAAGUCGAUGACGGAAGAGAUAAUGACUUCACAAGAGUCACAACUGGAGACAACCUCGGCCUUGAGUGAGAAGCGAUCUUCUGGACACAGACAUAGUCGUUCUUCUUCCAGUAAUAAGGAAAGCGCUUCUCGCGAAAAAGAGACGUCUAGCGAGGUGCAAGACACCACUUUGACUGAAACCCAAACCAUUUCUGAGGUCUCCGAGGUGUCUGGUAACAAUGCGCCGGUCCCGCUCCACCGGGAACGACCAUUUCCUAGCACAGGAGAUCACAGACUGUCCACUAUUGUGUCUGUUGAGUCAAUAAAGACAGGCGAUGAGGCACAGUCCCAGGAACGUGCUCACGAUGCCCCACAGGAGGCGCGUGAACCAACUCCAGUGGAAGAAAAAGAAGAUCAGGAAGAAAGGGACCAGUUUGAUCCUAAUUCUCUUCCAGUAGUAUCGACCCAGUUGAAAAGACGGCUUACCACACAUGAUGACCUCAUGUCGGUUCUCUCCGCCCCAAACAGGAGCAGGAGUAUCAGGUCUGCUCGUAGCAUCCGCACCAACAAAAGCCGCAUCACCAAUGCUACCGUGCCUGAGCUUCUGAAGGAACUAUCAGCCGAUGAAAUCAGAUAUAUGCGUGAGCUGAAAACACUGGUUGGCGGAGUCAUUCCUGUCCUUCUUACUUGCGUUCUUUCAAAAUCCGAUUCAGCGAUUGCUGCGGGUCUUUUUCGACCAUCAAUGGACCCGAAAGACGAACUGAAUUUUAGCAAGCCAAUAGUGGACAUGGGUGUUGCAGUCGAGCGCUUGAAGACACUGCACAAGCGAAUUCCCCAGGACAAUGCAGAGUCCCUGCUCACAUGGGCACAGGGAGCACAGAAAGUGUACCGUGACUAUCUGAAAUCCUGGAGAUUGGGUUUCAAGGAUGUCAUUGUAAACCUAGCUCCCCUUGAUGAAAGUGAGGCGAUGAACAAUGCCGACACCAAAAGUUUGGACGAAGGUAUGGCAAGGGACGAAAAUGGGGAUGUCAUUGACAGUGACGGCGAAAAGGUUGACGUCGCAUAUCUGUUGAAACGGCCUUUGGUGCGUCUCAAAUAUCUCGCAAAGACUUUCAAAGGGAUCAAUAUGCUUCAGCCGUCUGAGAAAGCCGAGGACGUAUCUAUGGCCUACCAGAACCUGGUAAACGAAGCUCGCCGUCGUGCGCGUGAGGAGCGGGCGAGACUCGAAGAUGAGUCUGCUGCUAGCGUUGACCCAACUCGAGCUCGUGAUCCUGCGACUUUAGGACCACUUGCCGGUGUGACUGUAAAUAGAGCUCGGAGAGUCCGAGCUCGGGAUUUCUUCAACCUCUCUCUGUAUCAUUCGACUGGGCAGGUUAUAGACUGUCGCGCAGAGCUCCUCUUGAGAGACAAUACACCCGAUAACGGUGCUGGAGGGGAUCUCCUUAUUUGUGAGAUAGAUCAUGCGGACCGUUGGCUUCUUUUCCCUCCAAUGGACCUUGCCUUUGUCUCUGCUCGCAAUGGCGAUAUGAAAGGAGAAAUUAUAGUCAUGUUGCGCAGCCCUCCAGGGCAUCCAAAUGCUUGGCAAGAAAUUCUUGUUCUCCGAAUCGACGAGGAGGACAUUGGCUUGAGUGGGUUCAAAUGCUUGCGGCAACGAGUACAAAUAGCUCCCUCUAGUAGUGAAACCAAGGAGGCACUACCGAGCUCUAUCACUGUUGAUAUUCCUAUCGGCGAGAGGGCCGUCUCUGGUACACUGCGGCGCUGCUCACUCAGGGAGAAUUUGUCUAACCCGAGCACUGUCGGAUCUUCUUUAGCGACCGAAUCACGCACUUCCUUACAAACUGCAAUCACCCGCGAAUCGGACUACGCCGCCGGGGAAGCAGAUUCGCCAACCAAGCCAUCGCCACGAACACAGCAGUCCAUACUACAUUCUAGAGACCCACGAAAAACUGCAACAGGCGAAGAGAGAUCCCCUACUAGCCUCAAACGAUCAAAAGCAAAGAGGGUUGCACGGCAUGACGAGGAUAACCCCCCGGUUCCUAGUCUGCCAAAAGAUCAAAAUGCCGGUGGCCCUAAGGCGGCGCCUACAACUCAUCGCCCAGAUCAUGACGAAAAGAAAGACCAUAAAGAACAUCGUCCCCCGAAGACUCCCACAAAGGAUGAACCCGAAGCGAUUUCCCCUCGAGUAUCUUCUGUCCCUUCUAUGGACUUACCUAUUAUUCCAAAGCUCAGAAAAGGCAGCAGUCAGACAUACAUAUCUGAAACUUUGGAAUCCACGUCGGACGACGAGUACGUGCUAGAUUCCUAUAGUAUACCCGAAACUCCUACACGGAAGAAAGGCCACUCUCGCUCCAACUCCGACACCUCCGAACCAACAAAUGGUGAAGAACCUCCUCCACCCCCGCCACACUCUCGUUCCCCAAACUCCGAAACAUCAACUGUGCGACGCUACGACUUGUACUCUGAAUCGGAUUACUCGGGAUCGGACAGUUCGGAUGAUGAUUCGGAGGACGAACUACCGCCUCUCCAAGAGCACCACGUUUCAAAACCGACCGUGCCGGCCUCCGUGAUUACGUCCGCAACUAGUUCUUUGUCUCCUUCAAAUUCUGUCUCUCAAGGUGGAUAUAGAUCUGUCCCUUCACAACCCAACAAGUCAUCCACCGCCGUUGCUUCCGUCUUUGCAUGGUCCGAUAAAGGUUCCUGGGAGAGCCUUCUGCCCGAUGAAUGUAGUAUUUAUGUUAGUCCUGGACUAGUGGAGGCAUAUGACGUGAAAUCGGCCUCUGCCUCAGAUGACGAUCACACACCAUCCAAACGGGAACGACCACUGAUUGCUCUCGAACUAACGCCCCUGGUACCCAUCCGACGUGGUACAGCGAUCGAUAUCAGUAUCCGUUCUCCUCCUACUGAACGGUCGAAGGUAUCAUGGAGCAACAAUAUUAUGUUCCGUUCCCGCAAUGCAGAUGAAUGCGAGAUCUUGUAUGGCCUCAUAAACCAGGCGCGCACCACUAAUCCUACCUACAUAGCUUUGCAAAACGCCCGAGGCCCUUUCACGCAGCAACCCGCUCCUCUAGAACGCCCCUCCAAGAGUGGGGGGUUAUUCGGCUGGCCACGUCGUAGGAAGAGCUACCGUGCGUCAAGCUCCCCUCGCUCACUUGCUGACAAUUCCGAGAGUAGCGUUGGGACUAUGAGUAGUGCGUUCUCAGCUUUGAAACGAUUUGGUGCAGGGGGCAAGAUGUUCAACAUUUCACGAUCUUCAGUUACUUCUCGGAGUGGCCAAAAAGAAGAUAGCUUAUACUCGAGCUCUGCGGGUUCGGGAACAAACCAUACAUCCACUUCUGGAAUUGGCCGGAUAGCAGCUGCUAUUAAGAACGUUGACGGUAUUGGCCUUUCGAACGCAAAGAUUAGGCUUUAUAUGCGCGAAACUCAGUCCAAAUGGCGUGAUAUGGGUGCUGCUAGGCUCACGAUUAUGCCGGCGACCGCGGAACCUCGACGGUCAGAAACAGCUGCCGGCGGAUCCAACGAUACCAGUACUGGGACAGAAGGUGCUGAAGGAAGCCCACCUCCUUCUGGAGCUGCCUCUCCCCGGCGCACUAUAGAUUCUGAAAAGCGUAUCCUCAUCCGCGGCAAGACACGGGGUGAGAUUCUUCUUGAUGUUUGCCUUCCUGAAAGUUCCUUCGAACGAGUAGCAAGGACAGGUAUCGCCGUGUCAGUUUGGGAAGAGACUGAAGGUGGCGCCAUGCCGAAGAAAGGUGGUGUUACUGGUGGCUCGUCUAAGAUAUACAUGAUCCAAAUGAAGAGCGAAGCCGAGGCAGCAUAUACAUUUGGCCUCGUUGGAAAACUCAGAUACUAG